AUGGGAACACCAUCAACUGAAGAGGAAUGGGAAAAAAUAGCACAGGAAGACGAAAAUUUGUGGAAUUUUCCAAACUGCAUAGGGUCUCUGGAUGGCAGACAUGUGCAGAUAAAGCAGCCACGAAAUUCUGGGUCCUACUACUUUAAUUACAAAAACACGUUCAGUAUCAUACUAUUAGCACUAGUUGAUGCCAACUACAAAUUUAUUUACGUGGAUGUUGGUUCUAAUGGAAGGAUAAGUGAUGGUGGAGUAUUCCGCAACUCUUCCCUUGUUACUGGGUUGCAGGAGAAUUAUCUCACUUUGCCUUGCCCUCAUUCAAUGGAGGAUUGUGAAACAUUGCUGCCAUAUGCAAUGGUUGCUGAUGAUGCUUUCCCUCUGAAAGUCAACAUGCUAAAACCAUAA